AUGCCUGGCCAGAUUACGUUUGCUGAUGAGACCGGUGAUGUAGUGCGAAGAGCCACGAAGGCGAAGAAAGGCUCUACAAGCUCUACGACAUUCGAGAUCUCGAGCACGCCCCCAUUCAAGUCGGACAAUAAUAGGCUGGCGGAUGACAGCGUUGAGUUAUGCCUGAGCAACAAGACUCAACAUGAGUUCCUCGUGCAAGCCGUGGAUGCCGUCUUAUCGCCAUACUCUACCACCAAGAGGGGUUGUGUCGAGCUCAAUGAUCUCGGAAGAUCUUCAGGUUUCGGCGUAUCGCUCUCUCCCUCCACGAUACCGUGCACACCAGAAGCUGAUCUUGAAUAUGGUCUUGUUCGAAAGGAGACGUCACUUGACAUCGCCACAGCCAUGUCACUCUACGCACUUCCGCAAUAUAUGCCCUCGGCCGCAGCAGAGAAAGCCAUGAUCUACAGCACUUUUGUCGACACAUACAUGCCAAAGCACAGACCCGAGCGUGAUGCUCACUUCUCUUUCCUCGAACAUCUCAUCACAAGUCCUGGAUUACGGCCCGAGGUCAGCCAGGCACUGGAUGCUUUGUGUUUGGUACAAGUAGGCAGUAUCUACCACGACCAAACACUGCUGAAGCAGUCGGUACGAAUGUACGCCAAAGCACUGGCAGGCCUUGUCCGGACUCUCGGCAACAGUGAUACUUCUACGUUCGUGACGGAUGACUAUGUACUAGCCACAGUGACACUGUUGGCUUCGUGCGAGUUUUUCGACGAGAUCUCACAAAUGGGCGAAGGAUGGACCAAACAUCUUCGAGGCGCGCAACAGCUGCUCAAGGCCCGCGGAGCGAUGAGUAUCAAGACUAAAAUGAGUCUGAUGCUGUACAGUAACAUGCGGCACGGAGGGCUCAGCCAUGCAUUGAUCGCGAGGAAAGGCACGUUCCUAGGCCAACCAGAAUGGAGAGCAAUUGCCUGGAGAGACGAGAUCUGCGACGCAAGUACUCCUUUCUAUGAGUAUGCACUGCAAGUCCCAGGUCUACUGGAAAGGUGGGACGACUACGCCCAGGUCGCUGAAAAGAGUGUUGAGGCGCUCGAUGCGUUCUUGGCUGAGGCCAGUGUGCUGGAACGAGGGCUGCGAUUAUGGUUCGAAGAUUUUCGACUUCAAGCUAAAAGCUCCGGGAGGUCUCUCUAUACUCUGACCCAUAUUGAGGAAUUCCAACCUUUCUGCAAGCUUAUCAGCGAUCGAACUUUGGACAAGGCCUUCUUAUUUUCGAGCUUCAUGGUCGCGUAUCUGGCAUCGGUUUACUGGGAUGUGAUGCACUUCCUGCGUACGACGAUCAAGGCAAUGCAUCAUGCUCGAUACCAGGCAAAGCCGGACUGGUUCCCUUCAGCAGAGGAAGCAGUCACACAAGAUGAAUUGAUGGAAUACGUGAUGAAUAUGAUGCGAUGUUUCCCCUUCUUUUGCGAGCCAACGAGUUCUUCGACUGGACAAAUUGGGAUCUUCUUGCCUUUGCGUACAGCGGCUUUCUACUGCUUGGAGCAUGGGCACUGGAAUUUGCUAAAAUGGCUCGGUGCCGUGCGAGAUGGCAUCUUUACGAAAGGUAUGAGACCACCGAGUGUUCGCGAGAGUCGACCAGCGAACACGACGAACAUCGCUAUCAGUAUAAGGCCUGGUGCUCCGGCGAUCAAGGAUGGUGUUGCGUACAAUGUUGCUUCGAGGGGGACGGAGGUCAAUUAUGGAAACAUGAUGCAGAAAUGAGUAUCUACGAAACUUAGUGAGCACACGUGGCUGGGUUGCAGAAUGUUAUGAGCAUUGGAGAGAGAUUCUGAAUAUGAUGGCAUUACAGACCAAGAAGCUCCAGCUCGCAGCGAUCGCUCGAUUCUGUGUCUGAUGAACUCCAGAUACAU